AUGCUGGUCAGUACCCCCCACCUGCUAACACUGGAUGAAGCAGAUGCCACUUGGGCCCUCAUCAAGGAUAAAGUCAUCGAGGAGCGUUUGGGGUCCAAUGUAGUGGCAGUACCUUUCCUCUCGGAUGCAGCCUACUAUGAUCUACUGGGCGUGCUAGUGAAACAGUCCCGUCCAGCCCACACCCGCCUGGCUUUGCCAGGCCGACAGGGCCGAAGGGCACUGAAAUCAGUAGGGCUGCUACCAAAUCUUCUAGAACAGGCAGGGUCUGAGGGUGUCUUUGCCCACUGCACUCGAGAAUACUCACCAAAUGGCCGAGCUGAGAUAGCCUAUGAAGAAAUGCGAAUGUUGGAUGGUCAGCCCUGCCGGAUCCGCCUACAUAUGGGAGGUCUGCGCAAGAAGGUUGCCUUCCUGCUGCUACCGCCAGGGCAGGUGAGCCUACAGCAGAAUCUUCCCUGGCUCCGGAGCACCCACAGCAUCUACGUCAUCUACCAGGUCUUCUCCUGCACCUGGCUGCAGCUAGGGCUACUGCCUACAGCCCGUGAGCCCCAGCUGCUCCGGUUACAGCGGUCACUACCUAUUGCUUUCUCCUGCCUCAAGUUUUCACUGCAGCCCAAGGGUGUGCUGGGACCACAGAAGUCUCUGACCAAAGAUCCAUUGCCCCAAGGAGCCACCUGGGUUAGACCUAGCCUUAGCAUCUUAUCAACUCUGGCUCCCACAUCAGUACCUGCUGACACCCCUGAAGCUGCUGACAAUGUAUCUCCACCCGUCACAGACCCCCCUACACCACCUCCCCAAGAAGGGCCAGAAAGCAGACCCACCAGAUUCUCCUAUAAGGCUCGGAACCCCUUCAGGAGGGGCCCCUAUAUGCUUUCAGCAGAGAACUGGCUCUUCAGCCCCCGCAACCCCCCACCAGGAGCCCAGGGUGGGGGCCCCGGGGACCCCGACCGGCACUCCAUGUCCCUGCCCCUGCUGCAGGGUCUGUCCUCGGAGUUCGACAGCGACGAAUGA